CUUCACGGAGUCCUUGACGGAAGCUACUUUUUUGGACAAGAGAUGGAUGAGGUUAAAAGGGAAAGGGGAGGUGGUGAACCUUGAUGUCCAGGGUUAAGGGAAAGAAGAAGAAGAAGAAGAGGGAUUGGGUAACCCCCACAAUGAAUGAUGACACAACAAGCUUGUUAUCUUAUCUAUGCCCCUCACCACCACCACCACCACCAUGGAUCUUGGAUGGAUAUCCCGAAGCUACCCCUCCUCCCUCCUCCUCAAAUCGGAGACAGAGGCCAAGACGGAAAAGGGGGAGAGGGUCCAAGAGGGUGGAUAUCAACGGCGGCUUUUGCAGGAGCAGUCAAUUGAAGUUUAAACUUUUUCAUUUUCACAACCAAUCCAACUUUCCCAAGUGACAACUGUGAGAAACCAACAACAUCAAAAUGUCCCACCAACACACCCACGACGGCGUCCACUUCCACGCCUCCCACGACCACGCCGUCUCCUUCUCCGCAGCAGACCACGGCCACUCCCACGAGAUCCUCGACGGCCCUGGCUCCUACCACGGCCGUGAAAUGCCCAUCACCGAAGGCCGCAACUGGGCCGACCGCGCCUUCACAAUCGGCAUCGGCGGCCCCGUAGGAUCAGGCAAAACAGCCCUCAUGCUCUCCCUCUCCCGCUACCUCCGUUCCUCCUACUCCCUCGCGGCGGUAACAAACGACAUCUUCACCCGCGAAGACGCAGAGUUCCUCACCCGAAACAAAGCCCUCCCCGCCACCCGCAUCCGCGCAAUCGAGACCGGCGGCUGCCCCCACGCCGCCGUCCGCGAGGACAUCUCGGCCAACCUCGCCGCCCUCGAGGACCUCCACGCCCAAUUCGACACCGACCUCCUCCUCAUCGAGUCCGGGGGCGACAACCUCGCCGCUAACUACUCCCGUGAACUCGCCGAUUACAUCAUCUACGUCAUCGACGUCAGCGGCGGCGACAAGAUCCCGCGGAAGGGAGGCCCGGGCAUCACACAAAGCGACUUGUUGAUUGUCAACAAGACCGAUCUCGCCGAGAUUGUCGGCGCGGAUUUGGAUGUCAUGGACAAGGACGCGAGGAAGAUGAGGGAGGGGGGGCCGACGGUCUUCGCGCAGGUCAAGAAGGGGGUCGGGGUGGAGCAUAUUGUUGACUUGAUCUUGAGUGCUUGGAGGGCAAGCGGGGCCGAGGAGCAGAGGAGGAGUGUUGGCGGCCCAAGGCCGACGCCAGGGUUGGAGGAAUUGGAGUAGACGACGCAUAUGUAAACAGAAAGAUGAAAUGGCAAAAUAUGAAAAAGAACA